AUGGUGGCGUUAGAUUUGGAGUUCGAAAAGUUUCUGGGAAAAGGUUCCUUCGGUUCGGUGAGCCUCUUCAAGUACAAAAGACGACGCGACGGCAACACUCUCUACGCCGCCGUCAAAACCUCCGACGAUCGACACGCAGAGUCUCUCUACAAAGAGUUUCAGGUCUUGUCGGAAUUCAAGGGAUGUUCGAGAAUUGUUCAAUGCUACGGGAACGGAGUGCAAGAGUCAUUCAACCACAAGGGUUACGUAGAGUACAAGAUUCCCAUGGAGUACGCUGCUGGAGGAAGCUUGAGGAGUUUCAUGUACCGUUUCAAAGACGAGAUAUUGCCUGAGCCGAUGAUCAAAGAUUUUACUCGCAUGCUUCUCGAAGGUUUAGCCACGAUUCACGGACGCCGCUAUGUUCACUGCGAUCUCAAACCCGAGAACAUCCUCGUUUUCCCUAGUCGUGUCUACAAGAACGGUGCGUGGAGAUCGUCUUACGAACUGAAGAUAUCUGAUUUCGGGUUGGCGAAGAAAGAGGGAGAGAGUAAGUGGUGGCAUCCUCGUCGACCGUUUGCGGGAACACCGAUCUACAUGUCCCCUGAAUCGAUCUCUCACGGCGAGACAGGGAGAGGACUUGAUUUAUGGUCGUUGGGAUGUGUUGUACUGGAGAUGUACACUGGGAAGCAACCAUGGUGGCAUACAAACUAUGACUUGAAGGAUCUCAUCAAGUGCUACGAGCCACUGAUUCCGAGUGAUCUUCCUUACGAUGCAAAGCUCUUUCUCAUGACCUGCUUCGCGUUUGAACCGGAUGAGAGAAAAGACGCUUUGACACUGUUGAGGCAUAGCUUCUUGCCUAGAGAUGUCAGUAACAAGUUGCCGAAUGAUUUCUCUCUUGAACUGGAGAAACUUAGACAGAUGCUUUACGAAAUUAAGACUAUGUGUUAAUUUGAAGUUGAUGAGUUCAGCCAGAGCCCUCCACGGACCCUAAAGUUGUUCUUGGUUAACACUGAUAUUUGAUUAAUUCACUUUUUUUUUCUUUUAAGUAGUAGAAUAAUGUAAGUAUUUUUAUUUUUUUUUGGUAUAUAUCAUCACUGAAU